AUGCGUGAGGUCCAUCACGUUCAAGGAGACCAAUGCGGGAACCAAAUCGGUUCCAAGUUUUGGGAACUGAUUUGCGAUGAGCACGGCAUUGAUCCUAGCGGGAGGUUCAAUAUGGAUGGCAAAUCAUCCGAAAACCAACUAGAGCGGAUCAAUGUGUAUUACAAUGAGGCUUCCGGUGGAAGGUACGUCCCUCGUGCGGUUCUCAUGGAUCUCGAAUCCGGUACUAUGGAUAGUAUUAGAUCUGGUCCUUACGGCCAGAUCUUUAGGCUUGAUAAUUUCGUGUUUGGACAAUCUGGUGCCGGAAACAACUGGGCCAAAGGUCAUUACACUGAAGGUGCUGAGUUGAUUGAUGCUGUUCUUGAUGUUGUUCGUAAAGAGGCUGAGAAUUGUGAUUGCUUGCAAGGCUUCCAGGUAUGUCAUUCACUUGGAGGAGGCACUGGCUCUGGCAUGGGAACCCUCCUUAUUUCAAAAAUCAGAGAAGAAUAUCCAGACAGGAUGAUGAUGACAUUCUCUGUUUUCCCUUCACCUAAAGUCUCGGACACUGUUGUGGAGCCGUAUAAUGCCACCCUUUCUGUGCACCAGUUGGUUGAGAACGCUGACGAAUGCAUGGUUCUUGACAAUGAGGCACUUUAUGAUAUUUGCUUCCGGACAUUGAAGCUCACUAAUCCGAGUUUUGGAGAUCUGAACCACUUGAUUUCCUCCACUAUGAGUGGUGUAACAUGCUGCCUUAGGUUCCCCGGACAGCUGAACUCCGACCUCCGAAAGUUGGCUGUGAACCUGAUCCCAUUCCCACGUCUUCACUUCUUUAUGGUUGGGUUUGCACCCCUCACAUUCCGUGGUUCCCAGCACUACAUUUCUCUCACAGUCCCGGAGUUGACUCAGCAGAUGUGGGAUGCAAAGAACAUGAUGUGUGCAGCUGAUCCACGACAUGGUCGUUACUUGACUGCAUCAGCCAUGUUCCGUGUUAAAAUGAGCACAAAGGAAAUGGAUACUAUGACAUUGCAUUGAUAGCUCAAUUGUUGACA